UAUUGUUGGAAUGGAAGACCAAGUUUGAUGAAAGGAUUGCAUUUUUAGAAGCAAAGAUAAGAAAGUUGAAAAGAGAAUCGGAUGAUGCUACUGAGAAAGGUACUGCCCUCACGAAUAACAUUGGUCAUACCAUCAAAGAGAUUGCCAAACUACAAGCUGAAGCAGAAGCUCACAUGUCUUUGAAGAAUGAGCAUGAUUCCUCCAUUCAACAUCUUUUUACUACAUUUAGUUUAGGGUGUCUUCCAACUUCUCCUUUCAAUGAUGAGGUUGCUUUAAAUCUCUCUAGGCGUGUAAAAUCUAGGUUGGCAGAUCUUGAGAAAGAUCUUGAUGAGAAAAAGAAAGCAAAUGACAACGAACUUGAGAUGGCAUGGGAUUGCUACAUGGAUGCUAAUGACCGUUGGAAAGAUAUUGAGGCUAAAAUAAAGGCCAUGCAAGGGAUCAAGGAUGGCAUUCUGAAGCGCAUUGAAGAGAAGAAAAACGAGCUCGAUUCAUCUGAACAUCAAAUGACUAAUGUGAACUUAUCUCACAUAGAUGAAAGAGAAAGACAUUUGAAAAAGGAGAUUGAGAGGAAGGAAAGUCAACUAUCUCAAAGACAAUUUGAAUCCAUUAUACCUCAAAUGCAAAAUGAGAUAUUUAGUGUAAAUCAAAAGAUUAGGGCUGUCAAUUCAGAGAAGGAUAUCAUGACUGCUGAUUCAGCGGACAGAGUUAUGCUAUCUCAUAAGAAAGCAGAGUUGGAAAAUCGGAAAAAGAAACAUAAGAAAAUGUUUGAUGACCUAAAGGACAAAAUUAGAAAGGUGCUGAAAGGGAGGGUUCCUCUAGAUAAGGAUGUGAAAAAGGAAAUUACUCAAGCAUUAAGGGCUGUUGGAGCGGAAUUUGAUGAUAUGAAUGCAAAGUACCGCGAUGCUGAGAAGGAAGUCAAUAUGUUGCAAAUAAAAAUACAAGAAGUUAAUGGUAACCUAUCCAAACACCGCAAGGAUUUGGAAUCAAGAAAGAGAUUUAUUGAUUCGAAGCUUCAGUCUUUGGAUCAGCAAUGUUCUGGACUUGAUUCUUAUCUCAAAGUUUUAGAGUCUUCCAAGGAAAAAAGAGAUGUACAGAGAAGCAAAUAUAAUAUUGCUGAUGGUAUGAGGCAGAUGUUUGAUCCUUUUGAAAGGGUUGCCAGAGCUCAUCAUGUUUGCCCUUGCUGUGAGCGGCCCUUCUCUCCAGAAGAAGAAGACAAUUUUGUCAAGAAGCAAAGAGUGAAGGCAACUAGUUAUGCUGAACAUAUGAAAGUUCUCGCUGUGGAAUCCUCAAAUGCAGAGCCUCAUUUUCAGCAGCUGGACAAGCUUAGGAUGGUUUACGAAGAAUAUGUUAAACUUGGCAAGGAGACCAUCCCUAAUACUGAAAAGGAACUUCAGCAACUUAAAGAUGAGAUGGAUGACAAAUCUCAGGCUCUUGAUGAUGUUUUAGGUGUUUUAGCACAAGUGAAAACUGACAAGGAUUUAGUUGACACAUUGGUGCAACCUGUUGAAAAUGCUGAUCGGCUUUUCGAAGAAAUUCAAGAUUUGCAAAAGCAAGUUGAGGAUUUAGAAGAUAAGCUUGAUUAUCGUGGACAGGGAGUGAGGACUCUGGAAGAGAUUCAACUGGAGCUUAAAACCCUGCAGAGCACCAAGGACAAUUUGCAAUCUGAAUUGGAGAGGUUGAGGGAUGAACAAAUACAUAUGGAGAAGGAUCUAUCAAAUAUUUGUAACCGGCGGCACAAUCUAACGGAGGAGAAAUUGAAAGCAACCAACUUAUUGCAAGGAGUUAAGAGAUUAGAAGAAGAAUUGGAACGUUUGACUGAAGAAAAGACUCAAGUUGAUCUUGAUGAGAAGCAUUUGGCAGAUGCUCUCGGACCUUUUCCCGUUGAGAAAGAUAGAUUAAUGGCUAACUAUAAUGAUAUGAAAAUUAGACUCAACCUUGAGUACGAGGACCUGGCUGAGCAAAAGAGAAGUUACAAGCAAGAAGCUGAAUCACUUUUCAGAAUGAAUUCUAAGAUCAAAGAGUAUUCCGAUUUAAAGAAAGGAGAUAGGUUGAAGGAACUGCAGGAAAAGAAUUCUCGAUCACAAACUGAACUUGAAAGUUGUGAUACCAGGAAGAAGGAAAUUUCAGCUGAGUUAGUCAAAAGUAAAGAUUUGAUGCAAAAUCAAGAUCAGUUAAGAAGAAAAAUUGAUGACAACUUAAAUUAUAGGAAAACUAAGGCUGAAGUGGAUGAGCUAGCACAUGAAAUUGAAACACUAGAAGAAAAUAUAUUAAAGGCUGGUGGGAUCUCUACCAUUGAAACUGAACGCCAGAAACUAUCACAGGAGAGGGAGAGACUUCUUUCAGAGGUAAACCGGUGCCGUGGAACAAUGUCUGUUUACCAAAGCAAUAUUUCCAAAAAUAAGGUUGAUCUUAAGCAGGCUCAAUAUAAGGACAUAGAUAAGCGAUACUUCGACCAGCUUAUCCAGCUUAAGACAACUGAAAUGACCAACAAGGAUCUGGACAGAUACUACAAUGCACUUGAUAAGGCACUGAUGCGCUUCCACACAAUGAAAAUGGAAGAGAUCAACAAAAUUAUUUGGGAGUUGUGGCAGCAAACCUAUAGAGGGCAAGACAUAGACUACAUCAGUAUUCAUUCAGACUCCGAAGGUGCAGGGACCCGUUCCUACAGUUACAAGGUUCUUAUGCAGACUGGUGAUGCAGAGUUGGAGAUGAGAGGAAGAUGUAGUGCUGGUCAGAAGGUUCUGGCAUCUCUUAUCAUACGUUUUGCACUGGCUGAAACGUUUUGUCUCAAUUGUGGAAUACUUGCGCUGGAUGAACCUACCACAAAUUUGGAUGGACCAAAUGCUGAAAGUCUGGUUGCAGCUCUUGUAAGGAUCAUGGAGGACAGGAAAGGGCAGGAAAAUUUUCAGCUAAUUGUAAUCACUCAUGAUGAGCGUUUUGCUCAACUGAUUGGUCAGCGCCAGCAUGCAGAGAGAUAUUAUCGUGUCGCCAAAGAUGAUCUUCAGCACAGUAUAAUCGAAAGUCAGGAGAUAUUUGACUGAAGGUCGUAUUGUUUAUACGAAAUUGUAAAGCCCGACAUCCCUCAACUUACUCAUGCGCGUUUUACAAUAAUUAAUUUUGUUUUUGAAAUAAAUACAUAUUACAGUAAUAUAAU